CUCUUUGGUCCCCCUUUGGGAAAAAUCCGGCGCCCCUCCGCACAGACAUCCGCCGUCCCCAACUCCAGCCCGGGCGAGAGUGGGGGCGGCGGUGAGGGCGCAGCGCGGGAGGGGAACCUGCAGGGAGGAAGCCCAGGGGCGCCAUCUCCCCGCAGGACGACAGGGAGAUCUGCAUCCAGGAGCAAGAAGUGCAAGAGCGGGUGCUGUCGCCGGGAGACCGAGGGCUGCGAGUCGCACUGCGCCCCCAAGGGGUCCGAGGGCAGCACGCGUCACCCGCAGUCCCAAACCCCUUCAGUUAAGGCUUCCACUCAGCCUGUCCCCUACCCAAGGCCACCUGUGAACGUGAGCUGUAGUCUAUCCUGGCUGAGGACGAGGAAGUCUUGUGAAUUGCAGAUGGACCCAGGUCGGGGGAGGGGGGCUGAAGGCUGGGAAGGGUGCAGCUGCCAGAGUGUGCUCAGGUGUGGGACCAGAGCAACUUUCCCUGGACGACCGCUCACUGCAGCCAAGGAUCCCAUCCCAGGAGGUGGAAGACCGCCCCGCUGUGGAGGCCCUGGAUCCGGUUCCCCAGAGCACAUCUUGGAUCCAUAUAGACUUGGCUUCCAAACUCGGCCCUCCCUAGCCACGUGACCUUGGACAGCCAAGGCCAGGAGGCUGGGGAAGGAACUGGAGGAGCUCUUUCCAUCUGUGACCAGAGCUGUGAAAAGUGCAUCAGUCCCAUCUCCGGCUGGUCACAGCCAACUUCCCAGAGGAGGAAGAAUGGAGUUUUUUCCGUUACAGAUGAAGAGUAUAGCAAAGAGAACUUUGGCCAAUGUUUCUGCUUCCAAAAUAUAAGCAAAAAUUAGAUUUUUUUUUU